UUACUCGAGAUAUCUUGGUGGAGCUAAUACUGGCAUUAUCAACCACGCCCACACAGUCACCCACGCCCACACAGUCAACCCCGCCCACACAGUCACCCACGACUACAGUCAACCACGACUACAGUCAACCACGACUACAGUCAACCACGACUACAGUCAACCACGACUACAGUCAACCACGACUACAGUCAACCACGACUACAGUCAACCACGACUACAGUCAACCACGACUACAGUCAACCACGACUACAGUCAACCACGACUACAGUCAACCACGACUACAGUCACCCACGACUACAGUCAACCCUGCCCACACAGUCAACCACGCCCACACAGUCAACCCUGCCCACACAGUCAACCACGACUACAGUCAACCCCGCCCACACAGUCAACCACGACUACAGUCAACCCUGCCCACACAGUCAACCACGACUACAGUCAACCCCGCCCACACAGUCACCCACGCCCACACAGUCAACCCCGCCCACACAGUCACCCACGCCCACACAGUCAACCACGACUACAGUCAACCCCGCCCACACAGUCAACCACGCCCACACAGUCAACCACGACUACAGUCAACCCCGCCCAAAGAGUCAACCACGACUACAGUCAACCCCGCCCACACAGUCAACCACGACUACAGUCAACCCCGCCCACACAGUCAACCACGCCCACACAGUCAACCCCGCCCACACAGUCAACCCCGCCCACACAGUCAGCACUCAAAAACGAAAGGGCAUGAGGACAAGAACGGUAACAAGAAGGGCUCGAACAGUAUAUAG